AUGGAAGACCAGGCCAAUUCCCAGCAUGAAGGACGGCCGUACCGGUCUCACCUUCACCCAGCUUGUUUCUCAUGCAGAAAGCGCAAGUCACGCUGCAAGACAAAAAGCCCGGCGGAGGUCUGCGUGAUGUGCCAGGCCCACGGUACAGAGUGCAUUUUCCCGCAUCCGGAUGACCCUCGACCACAGCGAUCAAGUUGGCCGCGGAAGCAAGCAUCCAAUACGCGAUCUUCUAGAUUCAUGCGAGGCAGAAAUGAUGUCUUGCAUAGGCCAACCCAGUCGCAAAGUACGCGAACUGCGCAGCGGCCUAUAGGCUCGCAGACACCUGCAGGUCUGGCUAGCCCUGCAGAACCGCCAUCAGGUACAGCUGCAGGUUCAUAUAUAUCCGGAGGAAGAGCAGAAGGUUUUCCUCACCUCAUAGGAAUUGUUGCCGAAGCAGACGAUGAUAGCUCCCACAUCGUUAGCCCAGCGGUCGCGGAUGAUAACGACAUCCUGGAGAGCUAUCUUUCCGCCACUCCCUCUGCUCAAACAAGAUAUUUGAUUCGUACAAGCUCUAAAUCAGAUCGGCAUUUGGGACCAGUGCGGUUCAAUGCUGUACCCAGGCGGCCAUUGGGUGUUGUCGCGAAUCAAUCUUUUGCUGCCUCUAAAUGCGAGCUCAUUGAAAAGUACAUGGAGCCCGAUAUCGACGAGUACUUGAACCUAUUCUUUCGCAAAGCCAAUCCCUGUUUUCCACUUUUUGACGAGGCUUCCUUCCGGAGCUCAUAUUCCUCCCACAAAGGGAAAAUCUCACCUACCCUUCUUUGUAACUUGUACGCCAACUCUCUUGUGUAUUGGACGAGCUCUUCCAAACUAUCUUCUGGCCGUACUCCAGACAUACGCUAUAUUUGGAAUCAAGCCAAUGAGGCUCUCCAUUCGGAGCUGUUUUUAUCCCCUGGGAUCUCCUCAAUAAUGGCUAUACUCAUUAACGUUUGUGGCAGACCCAGUACUUCAAUGUUUGGCAAUGGUGGGAUGGUCGGUAUGGCAGUUGCGCUGUCAAAUGCUUUGGGUCUGAAUCGAGAUCCUUCUGGGUGGAACAUAUCGUCUCUGGAGAAAAGCCUCCGGAUAAGAAUAUGGUGGCUAGUACUUAUACAUGACCGCUGGUGUAGCUUGGCGUACGGAACACCUCUACAGGUGCACCGUGCACAGUACGACGUUCCCGUGCCUACUGUGGAAGAUAUCUGUCCAAAUUCAGCGACAUCGUCCGACAGGGCUGCUGCAUCCGUCUUCGUUGCUCUAUCAAGCCUGACUGAUGUGCUAGCACGCUACUUGGAGCAUGUAUACAGCGUUUCAAGAGACUUUUCACAGUCCACGGAAACGUCUGAGAUGGAUCUGGAACAUGUCCUUCGAGAAUGGGAGGAUUCUCUAAGCGAUGAUGUUCGGCACCUUGUGCUCCGCGGUGUCCAUUUAGAAAUACCUGGUGCUGCAAACUUUCGAUUGGCAUACCUGGCCGUCAAGCUGUUGCUCCGCCGCAUUCAACUAAACAUGAACAAGAGGUCAUUGCAGGUCGAAGAUGAUAUGGUAUCUCCAUUUUACAUGCAUGCUCAAAGAGCAGCAGAGGAUAUCGCCUAUCUCGUGCAGGAACUAGAUGAAUCUCAGUUCCACGGGUUUUGGAUCCCAGUCCACGCAUUCUCAUUGACAUCGGCAACAAUGUUUCUGCUUCGGAGCGGCCUGCGUAUGAGGAAUGAAAGUCGCAACACGCCCCUCAAAGUCGCCCGGGAUAUGGUCAAUGCCCUUCAAGCCCACCGACAGAAUUUUGAUUGGGAUCUUGCCGAUAACUGCUUGACCAAUUGCGGUGAAUUAAUUGACAGGAUUGGCGUGACAGAGAGCAACAAUAGUACUGUCGCCCCUGAAUUUCCAGGAAUUCCAGAGAACUUGGAUAUAGAGCCAGCUGUUCUAGAGGAGCUCUUCGGAAUUACUGGUUUCUCGGAAGGGCUUGAUAUAUGGUGA